AUGGCGUCGCCCGACCCCUGGGCGCGGCUGGCAGCGUUGCCAAUCGCGCAGGCGGCCCUCGGCGCGGCGUUGGUGUGCACCAUCGGCCCGGGUGGUUCAGAGCAGGCGGCUACGGCGAUUGCGGCGGCAGCGCGAAGUGCGGCCCAGGGGGCCGCCUGCGCUGGGGCGAGCCGCGGUGACGGCGACGGCAGCGGCCGCUCGGAUGAUGGAGCCGAGCUAGUCGUCGAGGCCCUCGACGGCAUGCAGUGCAUCUUCGCGGAGUUGGGCGUCAAGGGCGUGACCCAAGCGAAGGAGUGGCUUCGUGGGGCAGGGCGGCCAGAUCUGGCGAGCCGAGUAGGCAAGGUUUCGAAGAGUCGGAACGGGGUGGCCCACAGGGACGUGAAGCUCCAGUCGGAAAUCAAGGAGGCCAUGGGCAGCAUGGAGCAGAUGAGGGCGGCCGAGACGAGUAAGAACGCGUCCGUGCCUGACGCGCCGUCGACCUCGUGCCACCCCUUCGGGCUGGAGGUCUUCGCAGCGGGGCCCAACGAGCAGCUCGGCCACUUGCGGGACCCCUGCGUGGAGGCCCGCGCCGAGCUCCUCGACGUGCAGUUCGACUGCAGCCAGGCCCUGGCCUCCGCCAACGCCUUGGCGGACGAGCUUGCGGAUGGGCUCAUGGAGGCUCGGGCCGCCGCCUGGGAGGCCAAGCGGGCCACUGAGGGAGCAGCGGCAAAGGGGCGCGGUCGGGAACGCUGCGGCGGCCCCCCGACAGCCCUGGGCCGCGGAGAUCCUCACGACACCUUCGAGGAGGCGCAGGCCGUGCGCCGCUGGGCGGACGACAUCGAUGAGGGCACUGGCCUGGCGAUCGAUCUGCAGCAGGACGCUCCGCCCGAGACGCUGGCCUCGGAUCGGGGCGUUGAGGAGGCUGCGACCAUCGACGCCGCACGGGAUGCCGCUCCGCCCGAGACGCUGUCCUCGGAUGGGGGCGACGAGGUGGUGCCGACCAUCGACGCCGCUCCGCCCGAGACGCUGUCCUCGGAUGGAGGCGAUGAGGUGGUGCCGACCAUCGACAGGGCUGCCGCUCCGCCCGAGACGCUGUCCUCGGCAGGGAGCGACAAGGUGGCGACGGCCGUCGACACCAUGACGGCGGCGGCUGCCGCUUCGAGCGAUGAGGUGGCUGCGGCCAUCGACAGCAAGAACCUCUUCGACGGCGUGGUCGAGCGCAAGGAGGCCGCCCUCGAGGAGGCCAGGGAGGCGAUGCUGCUCGAGGACGAGUGGCGCGAGGCCCUCCGCCACGCCAGGGAGAAGAAGCACAAGAAGGGCCGAGGUCGGCGUGGGCCGUCGGCCUACGCUAAGGAAGGAUCCUGUGGGGUCCCGUCGUGA